AGUUGGACACAAACAGAGAAGUGUCAGAGUGAGUGAGUUCAUGAAGAGGAGAAGACGAUCAUCAGCGCCGGAGCCACUUCCGCUUCAGGCAGUGACGCCGGUGAAAGAAGAAGAAAAAGACGACCCCGGAAAGAACUGGCAAUUAGUGACGGCUGCUUCUGCUUCGGUGCGCUUCGGACUCCCCGACGGUUGGUGUGUUCAGGAAAUCCCCCGUUGCUCUACCAGCUUCUGUCCCCAACGAGUUGACAGGUAUUUCAUUGAGCCUGACACGGGACAGAAGUUUCGUUCGCUGGUAGCUGUUCGCAGAUACCUAACAGGUGGACAAGUUGCUAGACAAGCAACUGCUGAUAAACAAGUAACUGUGGAUAAACAAGCAACUGUGGAUAAACGAGCAACUAUGCAAAUUACACCACACACCACGAGGUGUAGUCCUUCCUUCGGACUACCAGAUGGUUGGAAAAUUGAGAAAAAGCCACGAAUUAAUACUACAUAUAGUGACAGUGAUAAGUAUUAUAUUGAGCCAGGAACUGGAAGGCGGUUCCGGUCUUUAGUAGCUGUUGAGAGAUACCUAGCAGAAGAAAAUGAACAUACUCCACUUCAGGCAUUGAUACCUGCCAAUAAGUUGACUGUUUCGAGUGGAUCCAGCGGCCAGAAGAAAAAGAUUCAGUCCCGAAAAAUUGUUUCUAAGAAUUCAUCACAUUCGAACGAUUGCAAUAGCACACUCAAUGCAUCAAGGCUGAACACUUAUUCUUCACCUGCAGAGCAUUUUAGUUCUCCCCAGAAAGAAUUUCCCCGAGAAAACAGUAGAACUUUGCAUCUCAAUAGUAGCAGCCAACCAACAAUUAAAUGGGUCCUGGUCGAUCGUGGGGGAAAUGAGUGGAACCCCUUCAUGGAUGAUUCAAUGGUAGCGGAUUCUGUGAAGCAAAAGUGGUCUGAGAUUUUCAAAUCAACUAUCUAUGGCGAAAAUAUCAAGCCACCAAUUUUUUGAAUUUUACCCUUUCUGCCAAAGUGAAACUUCUGUAACAUAUACUGUUCAUUUUUCAUUUUGGCCUAACUCACCCAAAAGUUUUUCAAAUCCAUAAAUUUUUUCCAAAUUAGUAAUGCAAGACUUAGUUAGAAGCAGCUGUGAUGAGGAUUUACUGGUAUGCAUAUGCAGACUUGUUGGAGCAUCAAGG